GAGCCGCCGCCUCGCGCAGAUAAAAGCGGCGGCCCAGCUGAAGAGCGCUCGGCAGGCGCCCGGGGUCCUCAGCGCUACGGACUCCUGACCUGCCAGCUGCGGACCCCAAGUCCCCGGAUCCUGGACCCAUCCUGUGGAGCCCACGCCUGGCAGACGCCGCGAUGCCCGGCCCUUGGUUGCUGCUCGCCCUGGCUUUGACCCUAAACCUGACCGGUGUCCCUGGCGGCCGUGCUCAGCCAGAGGCGGCCCAGCAGGAGGCAGUGACAGCCGCGGAGCGUCCGGGUCUGGAUGACCUCCUGCACCAGGUGGAGCGCGUCCUCUUCCUCCGGGAAAACAUCCAGCGGCUGCAAGGGGACCAGGGUGAGCACUCCGCAUCCCAGAUCCUUCAAUCUGACUGGCUCUCCAAACGUCAGCAUCCUGGCAAAAGAGAGGAGGAGGAGGAAGAGGGAGUUGAAGAAGAGGAAGAGGAAGAAGGGGGUGCUGUGGGACCCCACAAACGGCAGCACCCUGGCCGACGGGAAGAUGAGGCUUCACAGUCAGUCGAUGUAACCCAGCACAAGCGGCAGCAUCCUGGCCGGCGCUCCCCCUGGCUUGGGUAUGCUGUGGUGAAGCGGCAGCACCCAGGCAGAAGGCUGGCAGAUCCCAAGGCUCAAAGGAGCUGGGAAGAAGAGGAGGAGGAGGAAGAGAGAGAGGAAGAGCUGAUGCCUGAGAAACGCCAGCAUCCUGGCAAGAGGGCCCUGGGAGGACCCUGUGGGCCCCAGGGAGCCUGUGGUCAGGCGGGUCUCCUGCUGGGGCUCCUGGAUGACCUGAGUAGGAACCAGGGAGCUGAGGAAAAGCGGCAGCACCCUGGCCGGCGGGCUGCCUGGGUCAGGGAGUCCCUGGAGGACUGAACCCAGUUUCCCCUGAAGUCUAGCUUGUGGUCUAAGGAUGUCUUGAGCCAUGCGUGCCCCACCAUUCAUGACCCCUGCAUUCUCUCAUUAGAUCCCUGACCAUAAGCCUGAGCCCCUCCCUCCCAGCCCCAUAUUCACACACAUCCCAGCCCCUGGCGAUGCCCUCUUCCUUUAGGCACGUCAGAAAAUCAGCCUAGAAGUUUAAACCCCACUUUCUCCCACUUAGCACCACAGGCAAAGGGCAGAUCCCAGAGCCCUUCUCACCCCCACCUCCACAGGUCUGCUCCUUCCUUAGCACUGGCUAAGACGGUCCUUCUGUGUCUUGCAAAGGCUCCCCAAGUGGCACAGGGAGCGCCUGGUAUGGCAGCCAGUGAGGGUGGGCUGAGACUGAGGCAUUGAUGUGCAAAUCCAGCUUCCAUCCCCUUCCGCAUCUGGCAGGAUUCUCCAUGUGUAAACUUCACCCCCAGGACCCAGGAUCUUCUCCUUUCUGGGCAUCCCUUUGUGGGUGGGCAGAGCCCUGACCCACAGCUGUGUCACUGCUUGGAGAAGCAUAUGUAAGGGAAUACCCUAUGGUGUUGCGCUGUGUGUGGCUGUGGGAUAAAUGCGUGUGGGAAUAUUGAAACAUCGCCCAAUAAUUGUGGUUUGUAUAUAACCCUCUAAGCCCCUUUCCCUUGUUGAUGACAGUCAUCCUAAUGAUAAUAAAACCUGCAUCCAGAUAAUCA